AUGACCCACGACCAUAUGGGCUCCGCCCUCGGACCAACUUUGACCGACGAGGAGAAGGGCCGUACCUCCCACCACGAGCACCGGGCCAUGCACGGGGUCCCCGAGGGGCUCCCGGCGUACGACGAGAAGCAGCGCCAAGCCGAGGUCCUCCACGAGGUCGGCGAAGUGGCCGCUGUCGGCGAAGUUGCGACGGAUGCUUACGUUCGAUCCACAGGCGGAGAAACGCCUUGUGCGCAAGCUCGACUUGUUCACCGUGCCAACUGUGGCCCUGCUCGAACCAACAUUGGCAACGCUCGUCUCGCCAACUUUGAGACGGACCUGCAUCUCAAGGGCGUCGACUACAAUGCAAUCCUCUCUGUGUUCUACGUUUCCUACAUCCUGUUCGAGAUCCCUUCGAACAUUAUGUGCAAGAUUGUUGGGCCCGGUCGCUGGCUGCCGUUGAUGACGUUCGGGUUUGGUAUCAUCUCCCUCUGUACCGCGUUCAUCACCAACUACUCGUCGGCGUGCGGCGUGCGCUUCCUGCUUGGCAUCUUUGAGGCUGGAUUGCUCCCCGGCAUCUCGUACUACUUUACGCGAUGGUACCGCAAGUCUGAACUUGCGUUCCGCAUCUCGUUGUACAUCUGCACGUCGCCCCUCGGUGGAGCCUUCUCGGGCCUGCUUGCGAGCGGUAUCCUCAAGAUUGACCACAUCGGGAGCCUGCACAGCUGGAGGAACCUCUUCCUCGUCGAGGGAAUCAUCACGAUCGGCUUGGGUAUUAUUUCCUUCUUUACGUUGACCGACCGCCCGGAGACGGCGCGCUGGCUCAACCCCGAGGAGAAGGCGCUCGCUGUUGCGCGCAUCAAGUCUGAGAAUGUCGGUACGAAGACUGUGCUCGACAAGAUCGAUAAGCGCAAGCUUAUCCUCGGUAUCUUCAACCCGAACACGGUCGUUUGCGCGUGGAUCUUCCUCCUUGACAACAUCACAGCGCAGUCCAUGGCCUUCUUCCUCCCGACCAUCGUGUCCACAAUCUACCCCAACAACUCGGUCGUCAGCAAGCAGCUGCACGCCGUUCCGCCCUUCGUAGUCGGCGCCGCCGUCGUCGUUAUCUCCAACUUCUUCGCGUGGAAGCUCAACAAGCGCCUCGUCGUCAUGAUGAUCCUCGCUCCCCUGCCCAUCGUCGGCUACAUCAUGUUCCUGGCUAGCGAAGACCCGCACGUCCGCUACGGCGCGACGUUCAUCAUUGCCGCAGGCUCCUUCCCCUUUGGAGCGCUGUGCCCCUCGCAGUCUGCCGCCAACACGCUCUCCGACAGCGCACGUUCUGCCGGUAUCGGUCUCGUCAUGGUCGCGGGUAACAUUGGCGGUCUCAUCGCCACCUGGGCUUUCCCCAACAUCGGCAACGGGCUCAACCUGGCUACCAACGCGCUCCUCUUCCUGUCCUGCGUCCUCCUCUACUUCUGGCUCAAGUGGGACAACCGCCGCCGCGACCGCGUGGACAUGGACGAGGCGCUCGCCGAUGUCGCCCACAUUGCCCCCGAGGACCUCGACUACAAGCACCCCGCGUUCCGUUGGCGAUAUUAG